GGUCCUAGGAAUUCUGGGAUUUGCAGUUCUUACACGCAGCGGUUCUGCUAAGCUACACUUGCACGCCAGUUUGCUCGCCAUGUGGAGUCAGUAGUAAACUAGGAUACUAACUUUCCAAUCUCAAGCUAGCUGUGUGCGGUGUUGUCAGUCAUCAUGUCAUUUCGUUUUAACUUCGACGUUCCAGCACAAACAACAAACCCAGACGACGCGGAUGGAAAUGAAUUGCAAAAGAGAAAGAAAGACAAUGCUGCUAAACCUAUGGAGGAUAAUACUAAACCAGCAGAGCCAGUAAAAGAGGCCAAAGAGCACCUUCUACUAUCUGACCCACAGCUCCUCCUUAUGGAUGCUGUCACUGAAACAGUUACCAUAGGAACUCUUCCUCCUCUUCAUUUCCUCAACGAGACAGUUUUUGAAAAAACGGCCUCGGAGAGAGAGGACGGGGAGAAAAUUCUUUCUCGCACUGCAGAGCAGAGGUCUGAUCUCAUCUCUGGCAUUUACGAGGGAGGGCUGAAGGUGUGGGAGUGCACUUACGACCUUUUGGAGCUGAUUGAGAAAGACGUAGAGACCUUUGGGGGGAAGGCAGUUUUGGAUUUGGGCUGUGGUGCGGGCCUGUUGGGGAUAUUGGCUCUGAAGAGAGGAGCCAGGCAGGUCCACUUCCAAGAUUACAAUAGUACAGUUAUUGAACAGCUCACAGUGCCAAAUGUAAUACUAAACUGCCAAGAGGAUGAUGAAGUAGAGAGUGGAGAUGACAAAGAAGGGAGGGGCAAGGGAAAAAUACAGGAGGAAGAUGGUUGUAAAAAGAAGGUGAAAGAGAAACAAGAGGUAAAAGAUGGCAGCCCACCACCUAAGAAGAGAUCUGUAGACCUAUCUCAACACCCAUUACAAGCCAAGUGUCGUUUUUUCUCUGGUGACUGGAGCACAUUUCUCGCUUUGGUUAAAAAGGAGGACCCACAACCCAAAUAUGACAUUAUAUUCACCUCAGAGACCAUCUACAACACUGCAUACUACCCUGCUCUACAUGAGACCCUCCACAAACUGCUGGCCCCAGGUGGACUGGUCUACCUCGCCACCAAAUCCCACUACUUUGGUGUAGGUGGUGGACUGCACCUGUUUGAGACGUUUGUGGAGCAGAGGGGUAUUUUCUCUUUGGAUCACUUGUGGGAUGGGGAAGAAGGACUUCAGAGACAUGUAAUAGUCUUGCAUUUUAAAAUGGCAAAGGACACUUGAAUUAGUAAAGCAGUCCUGGAUUUAUUAUGCAGCUUUAUUCAUGUAAUAACUGUCAGAGACUCCUGUGCUAUUUAAAAAAAACAGAUUGGUGAUUACUACACAGUUAAAUGCAAAUAAAAAUAUCAGGAUUUCCUUUUAAUCUUCCAUAUAAUGUAUGUUAGAGCAACAGUUGUAAAACAAGGAAAAGCUGUAAUAAAAGAUGUUGUCUCAUCUCCUAUUUGCUCUUUGGUUGCCUAAACAUUUUUUCACUUCCUAUAGCCAUUUGAAUAUGUCUGCCAGUAAGGGAAGUGCAGUUGAAAAGGGCUGUUACAGGUCUUUAGAUGCAUGGGGAGGAAAGAAAGGAAAUGGGCUCAGUGACCUUUGCGAGUGAUUUCCCCAGUGUUCAAACAGCAUCAUGAAAGCCAGGCUUGUUUCUGAAGUCCGCCGCAAAAUGUCAGUUGCAACUUAUCCCACCAGCCCAAGGAUGUAGUUUGAAAGUGGAGUCUAGAGUCACUGCACAUCAAUGGUGGGACUCUAUGGGGUCUCUGUACCUCUUAUUCUAGUAAUGGCUCCUCUUGAUUGAUUCGGAUUUUACUUUCAGUUAAAGUCACUACAUAGUCUGGGUGUGCUCCAUUGCAAAACAAAAAGUCAUGACACAUUAUAAUGAGUAUAUACAUCCAGGAAAUAUCUUGUAAAUGUGCAUCCAAGUACACGAAGGGAACUAUGCUGUAAUCUUUCAAACACCAUGUGGAAUCCCCUUUUCGUCCAGAUCAAGGAAAUCCAUUGAAUUAAUCUGGCAGGGCUUUUUUCUGAGGAAAUAUGCAUGAACUCAAAACUAGUUUCUCGUAUAUGAGGUGACUAUGUAAAGAGGAUGAGGAAAUCAGAGAGUUUUUACAUGGUCACUGGACAAUGAAACUGUUUUAAUGUUACUGUCCGCUAGCUUGUUUUAAAACUGUGUUUCACCCUGCUGACCCAGUCCUGUCAUGUUCAUCUGAUUGAACACAAUCAGUAUCACAUCCCUGUCAUGCUUGACUAUCACCAGAGAGCAAACAAAAUCAUUUUAGGAAGGUUGUGUUAUUGAAUACACCCCUAUCAGACCUCACCUAAACAAAUGACUCCAGCUACGCAAAUAUUCACAAGAAUCGAUCUCAUCCUACCCAUGACGCAAUCUAUAUUCACUGCCCUGCUGAUAAGUAAUAUAGCAAAGAUAAAAACACUUUUCUAGGAAACAUAGUGUCACCAGCUUAAACAUGACUCUGCAUUUCAACACCUACAGCGUGUGGACAGAAUUUCCAGUCACUUAUUAUUUAAAUAUACAUAAAUAGUGUUAAACACAAUUUCAUUUUUACUCUCAUACAAAACACCAAACACAGUUUCUGUUUGCAUAUGCCCGGACAGCAAACUUCCAGUGUGACGGCUUCGUCAUCGUCUCUCAUCUCGACAGCUGUUCAUGGCCUGUGGGGGAAUUCCUGGUUCCUCGAGCAGACACAGCCUUUCCCCCGCUUACUUUAUGGGAACAGGGGGCAGGGCCAGUCAGAUGGUUUUCCUCAGAAACUAUUAUGUGUUGAUUCACUGUGAGGGGGCGUGCUGUUCACUCCCACUGUUUCCUUCUUACUGGGAAGUGACUGUCAGGCUUACCGAACAGAGGGAGCGUAUGAGAAACAGAUAGAGAGGAAGGAGGGUGACUGAUAGGUGAUGUGGAAGGUGGUGGUAUUUAAGGUUCUUUGCUCUGAAUGUCAGACUGUGCGCUGAAUCCUUCCUUGGGACUUGGAGGACAUGGGAGAGUGAGCAGAACGUGCAGGUGAACUGACGACGGAUGGCUCACUGUAUGUUCAUUCAGAUUGGAAAGACUUGCUGCUGAUUCAACGCUAAAACAUCUUAUUGUUGAGAUGGGACCGCUAAAGUGCGUUUAAAGCUUGACUCUGCAACAGCACAGUCAUGGGAGGCCUUCGUGAGGAGAUGUAUUUCUGAUAUAUCCAAGAUCUGGAAAGAACGUUUUCAGUGAAUGUCUGGGGUAAGUAUAUAGGUAGGUAAACUCGACAAAUAAUGAUCAAUUUAAAAAAAAGAAUACUGGACACGUGUUAUCUAAAAUUGUCAGAUAUAACUAUACAAAACCACAAGCUACAAACUUUCAACAUGUUUUAAGUUGUGAAAUGUUUUGAAAUAUGUAGAAGAGUUCUUAGAAGAAAUGCCAACUUCCACAUUUUCUGAGCACCAGCAGAUGAAGUGUGUUAAUGCUGUCAUAGUAUGAUAACCAAUCUGAUCUUUGUAUGAGCACUGUUUAAAUUAGUGCAGGCUUUAAUACUGGGUUAAUGCCCUAAUAGGGGAUUUCUUGUCUAGUGAAAGGCUGUAGAACCGGUUGUUUCCCAGUCCAACUGCCGGAAAGAUAGGAGUUUCCUGAACGUGUUCAGGUGUGGCUUUCCUCAGAAAGUUCAUUGUACUGUAUUGCAUGUAUCCUAAAAGAAUGUAUACUCAUACUGAAUAAACUACAGUAACUGAGAUAACAUUGAGGAAUUAUCUCACUGUACCAUCACUGUCAAUAUUGACUCCAGGCCUUGAAUGAAGUGUUUUUUAGAUGAAGGAAGAGACUGUGUAAUACAACGCAGGUCAGUUAAUAACAAACUUACUUUGGAGGGUUCAAAGAUACAUCAACCAACUGUAUGUGAGUAAUCAUAUUGUCCCAACGUUCUGCUCCUGGGAGUGUACGGCCCUAACUGGUGAGUCAUUUCAUGCCUUGACCAGAGCACUAUCACCACGAUCUGAUUCAGUGCGUGCAUCAGCCCAGUGGACAGACUUUCGUUUCAGUGGUUGUGAAGCAUUUACAGGAAUACUUAAGUUGAGAAGAUGGUUGGAUUCCUCAGAUGACCCUGAAACUCUCCAUAGGCUCUGUCUAACCACAGCACUGGAUCCAAUCAAUUGUAACCACAUUUCUGGAGGUUUGUUUUCCACUUUGGUUUUAUUUUACUUACAUAAAAUGCCUCUAAAUCUGUUGCCAGUUUAUGGAAAAGUAGAUGUUUUAAAUUACAUAUUGCACUACUGUAUAAUACAAAUGCCAACUAUGAUUGAUCACUGUUUAAGAUCAACUUUAGCUGCCACUGUGUAGACCUCUUGCUCAAUCUUCCAGUGACGUUAUCAACUCAUCACCCUGCUUUUCUUGAGAAAGAUGGUCAUGAGUGACUUAACCACAAUGUGCCAAUGUUCAUCAUAUCUCUUAAACCCACUUGUAUUGUUAAUUUCAGAAGUAUUUAUGUUGUUUUAUGGUUAUAGACGGCUUUAUUUUGGUUUGAUUUAAUUAAUACUCAGUGAACUGAGUUGAAAAGAGCAUUAAUAAUGAAGCAUGAUCAUGUACAAGGAUCAAGCGGCUCCUGAGGACCAAAUUUUGAUAAGUGCUCUACUAUGAGAACUGAAUUCCAUAGAUGGUGGCAUCUUCAGGUGUCAUCUAUGGGCUCAGUUCUUUUGGCAUGGUACUUGUUUGUCAGCCGUGCUGCACAGCACCACGGAGCGGAAAUCAUGACCUUCAUUGUGCAUUAAUACUUUACAUAAAUUCCAGCAUGUCUUAGGUCUACUAUGCAUUACUUUUGUUUGCAUGUUUGUAUAUAUUGUUACCUUUUUUCAAAUGACGAAUAAGGAGUUUUAAAUAUUACUGUGAAUGAAAUUUGCACGUUUCUAAAUUACCGAUCAAGUUUAUCAAUGUUGUUGAUGUUAAAAAUAAUGUAAAUUGUUAAAUUAAAUCAAAGCAAUUAUUA